AUGACAUUUUAACCCUAAUGAACAUUCGAACCAUAGUCUCAUCAACAUCGAACUGUGACGAGACAACACUAGUUAUUCUCCAUAUUGACAGGAUUAAUUAGCAGGAACAAGGCAUGUGCAGUUACUAUGGGAGUGGUAAGCCAUAUGUGUACUAUAGUCAACAGUAGUAGAGAUGCAAAUGAACAUGAUCGCUCAAAAGCAUAUUGUUAAAUUGGGAAAACUUGUUUGACACCCAACUCGUUAACUAACAACUUUGCUUGCAAGUCAACUCAAUAGUAAGUGAGCCAAGUUUGAGCUAGACACGAGAACUUGCCAGGCGCACAAGGUAACUCUAUGUGUGACACGCAGAGCUUAGCUUGCGAUCUAACUUGGUUACGGCUCGAGCUAGCUCGACUUUGUGCUUUGCGAGUUGGAUCCUUUUGAGGUCAAGACUUGGCUUUAUAGUUUUGUUUGAGCCCGGGCGACUGGGCGUCACUCGGGUCCAAGGGGUUUGGGGCGUCAGCCAUGACCUUGAAGGGGUAGGCGCCCCGCCUCGUCAGAAGCAAGAAAAGAGAAGAAGUGUAUAGAGAGAGAAAGUAGAGAGAAGUAGUAGUAAGAGUAGAUAGAUUGCCAUUUAUGAGGAGAGAACUCCUAUUUAUACACAUUUGAGGGUUAGGUAGUGGUAUGGGCGCCUGCCAAGCCAUAAAUGCUCUGGUCGGGCGCCUCAGACCUUCUGACACUGUUCAUAGUCCUUUUUGGCAGAGGGUGUCCCCCUGCCCCUUGUCCUUGCUGAUGUCAGGUGCCUGGCCUUGUCUCUUGUCUCCCAGCCUUGUCUUUUUCCUCUUGUCUUCUUUCCUUCUCCAUGUCAUUAGCCAUGGUAUUAAUUCCUUAGUCACUAUGAUACCCUGUCAAGUUUAGUUUAUGGAGCUCAUCUCAAUACAACUUCAAAAUUGCUUGCAUUGACUCGUAAGUUGAUUAGAUUAUAACGCACAACAUAACUUGAUUUGAGACUAUAAAUAUGCGAUGAGUAUAUUCUCACUAAUUAUUUACAAAAAUAUUUUACAUUUAAUAUAAUGUUUUAAUCGAUAACAUACAAUAUGAUGAAAACUUUCACUUGAAGUUAAACUCAAAUAGAUCGAACUCGUGAGAUAAUUAAUGAACAUAACUCAAAAUUGAACCAAUAUUUAAUAAGCGAGGCUAGUUCAAAAUCAACUUAUUUUUAAUAACCAGAACUAGAUCAUGCAGUUUAACCUAAUCAUCUUGUCUUAAAAUUGCCUCACAAAAACACACAUCACAUCAUUUCACAAUAUUUACCUCUUUCAUGUCAAUUCAAAACAAUGCAAAACUAAUCAAUUCAAAUUCGCUCAUCCCAACUAUUGGAUUCUUUGCCAAAUGAAACUAUUUAACCGAGAUUGCCAUAUCCAAACGAUAGCUUCUCCCCGGUGAAAAGUGAAAAGUGAAAACCCUACGACUACGAGAAGAAAAAUCCAAACUGUAGUUGAGAGUAGAGGAGUAGAGAAGAGAGAAGACCGAAGGGAACAGAGUGUGGCAAUUUGUCGUAAUAAUCUGCACGCAACCGCCUUGUUUGGCAGAAUGUCAGAUGUGACCGUUUCCCGAGAAAAGCAAUACACGCGGCACCUCCGAAGAGGUGACCCCAAAAGCUGUCAAACAAACGGCCCUUUUAUCCCGUCCCCUUUGUGCCCAUCGCUGCCCUUCCAGCCGUUGGAUCAGAAUCGCAACACCCCAUCUGGCCUCUAGUCAAACGGCCAAACCCGCUCUCCCCACUAACUACAGUUAAACUAACCCACAGACAUAGUCCAUAAAGACAAUAACACCCUUGUCACUCCUGUUUUACUACACUCCUGCCAUCAUCUCUCCAAUCUAUAAAUCCUGCCCUGGAGACUCGCUAGGUUUGCCGAACCAAAUAGCCGAAGGGGGCUCUAAAGAAAAUACCCAAAAAGCCCCUCUCCCAUUUCCUCCCCAGCCUUCUCCUUCCUCCUCUCUCUUCUCCUCCUACCCUUCCUUGGCUUUGAAAAAAAUAGGCAUGGGCUCGAAUUCCAAGAGAUCCAGCGGGCCGGUGCUCCGGUCGCUGUCUCCGCGCGGCCGAUUCCCGUCGUACAACUCCGCCGGUCAUCUCUCAUCUUCCUCGUCCUCGUCGGCGUUCGCCUCUUCCACGAGUUCGAGCUUUUACUCUCCGCCGUCGGCCUUCUUCCGCACCACCGCUCCGCCACACAGAUCCGCCUCUCCGACGCGCGUGAAUCUGUACUCCCAGAGUCCUCCGUCGCCGACGUUCCGAUUCUCCAUCGACAGAUCCACAUCUCCCAAUCGGAACAUAUCCGUCGCGACGAAGCACACCAAUCACAUCUCCAGCCUCCCCGCGAGGAAGACGUGUAUGUGCUCUCCGACCUCGCAUCCCGGAUCGUUCCGUUGCAGCCUCCACAAGAACAGCCACCAGAACGGCCACGCCGGAGGGAGCUCGUUCACGCCGAACAGGCUGAACAUGAGGAGAUCCGCGAUGACGAAUUCGCUGGUGAGAAUCGGCGGCGUGGAAGGUGACUGGGUGAAGAGAGCGCUGUCGGCUUUGAUUCGACCGUCGUCGCACCAGCAGAGGAGGAGAGCGGAUUUCCAGCACCGGAAGAGCCGACUCUCCGUCAUGUCUAGAGCCGAGGAUGGUGAUUCUUGAAUGGUAUUUAUGAAUCAGAAAAAGGUUUGGUAAAAUUACUUUUUUCCUCCUCUUCUUCUGAUCUCCGAUUCCGGCGAUUCUUGCCUGAAUCCGGUGGAGGCGCGGCCACGGCGCGGGGACGGGACGGGCCGAGAAGCGGAAGGAAAGUUCGGUCGGUCGACGGCCGGACGAAGCUUUGUAGACCUGGGAACCUCGGUAGAUGAAAACAAGAAAUUUUGUACAUGUCUACAAAUUGCUAUGGAAGGAGAUUUUGGGACCAAAUAGGAUAUUUUUCAUUUCCAGAAAAAUUGACAGAAUGGUUAAGGAAAUCGGAAUUGAAAGGAAAUUAAACGGGGCUCAAUUUAGCCAAACGGAAUAUUAAGCAAAGUUAACCGGCUUCCAUUCCAGCCGGAUCCGUCCUCUGACGUUUGCCGUAAGCGUCGGCGUGCGUCCGUUCCCCGUCCACCGUCGUCCGUGUUAUUCGUCGUCGUCCGUCCCGUGUGUGCCGUCGUGAUUCCCGUCAGCCUUCGUCGUUUCCGUCGUCAUCAUUUCCAGGUAUUUAUUAUAUAUAUUCCGUUAAUUUCUUUCCAAUUAUAUUUAUGAUUAUUAUUAUUCCUUUGGCUCCGUUUACUUUUCUUCAUUUCUCUGUUGGUUGAAGGUUAGGUUUGGAAUCCAGGGAAGGCCAGCUCAGGAGACUCUGAUUAAUUAAUAUAAUGAUAAUUAUACUUUUCCCAUUGCUUAACAAGUUGGAAAAGCUGGAAACUUCUGCGGGGGCUCUCUAUAUCGUCGUGUGAAGGACCUUCAUUAGAGAACGAUUUGGAGGAAACGAAAGUAACGUGAUUAGUGACACUAAUUAAAGAAAUGGGAAUUAAAAUAAAUAAAUAAAUGGAAAAGAAAGUGUCGACACUCGACAGACAGAUGGGCUGAUUAAAGUGCGAACAGCGAACACAAGAAGCUUGGUGGGAAAUUAAAGCGGCAAAUUCAAAGCUAAGGAAACGGAGAAACCAACCAGGCAACCACCUUGGACUAAUUAAUUAAGUAGAGUAACCGCUAGCUAGGUGAACUGCCAUGAAACGUAUGAACUCUCUUACAAAACUUAUUACGACCGGUCUAACACCUACUUUUUACAUCUGCGGGGGAAGAAAAAAAAAUAUUUCCAUCAAGGCAAGAAAAACAAACGUGAUGUUGAAUUACUUAUAAAAAAGAAGCACGGAA